UAUUUAUAAACAGGUGGGACAGCAAAUUUAAAGGUCUCACUGGCAAGCUGUCCCUCAGAGGUUUCAGUUUCUAGUUUCUUUUUCUUCUCAGCGUCAGACCCAUAAUCCGCGGAGAGCAGAGCCAAAUACAGGAAAAGAAAUUCUCAAAAAAAGAAAGGAAAAAAAAAAAAGAUAUUGCGAUAUGCAUCACUGCGGAGUGAAGAGCAGCCUUCUCGAUCCAUCUACGACCAAUCACCACCACCACCACCAUCAUCAUCAUCAUCACUAUCAACAACAGCAGCCUCUUUGUCCGAAGCCCCGACGUCCAGGAUGUGCCACGCCGGAGCUCCUCGUGCCCUUCAGAUGUACCCAACACAGCCAACCAACUGGGGAUGGGAGAAGUGGGAUUCUGAAUCUGAUUGUGGACAAGGCAGUGGAAGGCCGAGAACCGACAUGCACGGGGUGCCUUCCCCCGUGCUAUGCAGGAUCUCCUCCCAGCAGAACUGACAACCCUUUGAUUCACGAUGUGCAGUUCAUUCGCCAGACCGAGCUUCUUUCACCUUUUACACGAACGAAACUUUCCGAUAAAUUUGGAUUCCCUGUAUGAAUGAACGGGCUUCUUCAUCCUAACCUAGCCUCAGGUUUAAAAGGAAGAAGAAAGGAUUCGGAUUCGGAAGAUAACACAUCCCCAUCCUCAAUUUGGGAUCUCUGGCAUUAGAGGAACCAUCUUGAGGCAUUUUUGCAGAGUCUAUACAUAAAUAGAAAAAUUACAGAUUUUUCAUUGUGACUCGGUCUUUGUAAAUAUAUUCUGGUCAUAUGUUUGUAAAUGCUUUUUUUUUUCCCAAGACUAUGAUAUCUGAUUUGUUAUUUUCA